AUGUGGGACUCUUUGCUGCGGAACUUUUCCUCAGCCGCAACAAAUGAUUUAGCAGCAGAAGCAGCAGCAGGAGAGACCGCUGCUGAGCCUUCUGCACCCUCUCCAAAUGCAGCAGCAGCAGCAGCAGCAGCAAAUGAGCAGCGCAGCCAAGUGGUGUCUUUCCUGAGGCUGCGGGAGUCGCUGCGCAGCAGCCGCAGCCCUGCUGCUGCUGCUUGGGACUUUAGGCAGCAGUCGCAGCAGCUGGAGGGUCUGGCUGCCGAGGAGGCAGCAGCAGCAGCAGCAGCAGCAGCAGCAGACAUGAUGGCCGCAGCAGCAGAAGCGACGCCAGAGAUCCUCUCACCGGACUCACUCACCCCCCCUAAUGGAGCCGCGCCAGCAGCAGCAGCAGCAGCAGCAGCAGCAGCAUGGAGUGCUGCAGCGCCUGAGGCGCAGGAGCCACGCGGCGCAGCCUCGGGCGGCCGCAGCAGCGACGCAGAAGCAGCAGCGGCGCCUGCUGCUGCUGCUGCUGCUGCUGCUGCAUCUGGCCAAGGCAGCCCCAUGUGCAGCAGAAGCAGCAGCAGCUCUUUGUGCGAAGAAGAAGAAGUCAUUGCCGGUGCUGCGGCUGCUGCUGCGUCUGCCCCCACAGUGCUGCACAGCCGCUUCUUAUCUUUGGGCCGGGCGGCCCCUGCGGCCCAGCAGCAGCAGCAGCAGCAGCAGCAGCAGGAGCAGCAGAGCGAAGUGGACGUGCAGCUGACGGAUGAAGUGCUGCUGCAGCGCCGGCCUGGAGGGAGCAGCAGCUCCACCUCGACAGCAGCAGCAGCAGCAGCGGCGCGGGCAUCAGAAGCGGCCUCAACAGCAGGAGGAAGCCCGCAAAGUGCAGCAGCAGCAGCAGACGCUGCAGCAGCAGCAGCAGACGCUGCAGCAGCAGCAGAGCAGCAGGCCGUGGACGGGCUCCCUGACUUUUUGCCUCUGAGGCCCGAGGGCGCUGCUGCUGCUGCUGCUGCGCGCGCUGCGGCUUCCCGCGUCUUGCUGCACCAAGACGCCGCGGCGGAGGCAGCAGCAGCAGCAGAGCCAGCAGCAGCAGCAGCAGCAGCAGCAGCAGCCAGCAGCAGCGCAGCAGCCCCCGGGGCCAACGGCCUGCUGCCAGCAGGCGACAAGAACGCCCCCGUAGAUCAUGUGCUGCUGGUCAUUCAUGGAAUUGGCUGCGGCUCGCAGCACGAAGUGCAGCAGCAGGAGCAGCUGCGGCACUCCAUCAGCAAAGGCGGAAUGGCCGCACACUGCAGCGCUCCUGCCGCCACCGCUAGCGCCGUUUGCGUCGCUGCUGCUGUUGCUGCUGCUGCUGCAGCAGCAGCUGCAGCAGCAGCGCGAGGCAGCAGCUGCAGCAGCAGCACGAGGGACCGCGAGGAAGGGCAGGGAGGCGCCCUCCUAGCCGCUUCACCUGCUGCUGCUGCUGCUGCUGCUGCUGCUUCUUGUCUGCUGCUGCACAGCUCACGUUGGCCCUCUGCUGCUGCUGCAGUUGCUUUUUUGACUUUGCUUUUCUUUGAAAUCCCUUUUAUCUCAUUUGCUGCUGCUGCUGCUGCUGCUGCUGCGCAGCACCCCUCAGGCCGCUUCUCUAAAAGCCGCUUCAGCCUCUUGGGCUAUUCGCUGGGCAGCGUUAUGGCCUACGAGCUCCUCAGCGGCAAGUCCUUCAGGCCCACACAGUACCGUUCCCGCGAAGAGGUCCCAAAACUGGACUUUACUGCUGAGUCUCUGUUCUUGCUGGGCGGAUGCCUGCCGGCAUUUCUGCUGCUAAACUCUCCAGAGAUUCUGAAGACAGGGCUACAGCUGCCCGAAGGCCUCCAGGUUUACAACCUUUUUCACCCGUGCGACCCCGUCGCUUUCAGAUUAGAAAAGCUAAUAUAUCCACACCUUAAGGAAAUGCCGCCCCCAGUGCUGCUCGCCUACUGGAGAUCCAACGGACUGCAGGGCUGGUACAAAUGGGACCUCAAUGUGCAGCAAGCAAAGGACAUGGUGACCACCAACAUCAACAGCCUCACUGCCUCAGUGCUCUCGUGGUGGAGGUGGGAAAGGCCCGCGAGUGGAGGCGGCAGCGUUUUGGCUGUGAACGCGAAGGCAGCUUCUGCUGCUGCCAGUCCGGAGGAUUCGCAGCAGCAGCAGCAGCAGCAGCAGCAGCAGACGGACAAGCCGCAGCAAAACAGCCAGGCAGCAGACGGGGCUCAAAGCAGCCCCCAGGAAGAGCCUCGUGGCAGCGAACCAGGCGACGAGCUCAUUCGGGACCUGCAGAGCUUCAAGUCCAGGCUGCACUCCCAAAGUUCUCGAAUUCGUCUUCACCAAAUUCAGUCUCCUGCCUAUUCGCGGAGCCUUUCCCGCAGCAGCAGCAGCAGCAGCAGCAGCAACGGCAGCGAGGCCAGCAGCAGCAGCGGCAGCAGCAGCCGCGCACUGAGCAAUGAAACUGACGGCGAUGCCUUCACUCAUGUGACCAGCUGGUUUCGCCUGGGCUCAAGGCUGCAGAGAGAAGACCCCACAGCAGCAGCAGCAGCAGCAGCAGCAGCAGCAGCAGCAGCAGAUAAUGGAGCUGUUGGGAGACAGAACUCGAGCUGCAGCAGACAGCUGCGGCGGCUGACGCCGCAAGACCGAAUCGCCCGCAGGCCCAGAGUCCAGUCUCACCAAGAGACCUUCACUGCAGCAGCAGCAGCAGCAGCAGCAGCAGCAGGAGCAGCAGCAGGGGCUGCUGGCAGCUUCCAGACCGGGCUGCACUCCCACAGCAAAAGGGCGCAGCAGCAGCGCAGGAACACCAUCAGCGACGAAUACUUCAAAGCUGCAGAAGUUCCUUCUGGCUUUUCUUCAGUUUGCGGCGAAACUCAUAAAGCCGUUUUGCAGCUUCAAUCGAUAAAUGCAGUCAAGGACGAGCAGAAGAUCCCGCGGCGUUAUGACUUUCAGCUGCAAGAGGACACGGCGGAACACUAUUUGUCUUCUUUGGCUUUGCUGAACAGCCACUUCAAUUAUUUCAAACUCAAAGAUGUGGCUUUUUUCAUAUUGAAAUGUCUCUCCGGCAAGAACCCCCUUAUGUCCUACACAGGCCGGCCGGAGGAGCAGCAGCGGCAGCUGGAAGAAGCAGCUGCCCUUGCGGAGAGGCUGAAGGCCUUUGAAGCUUCUCUUCUUCAGCCCCGUUCGAAAAAAAAAUGA